GUGACUUUUUGUAAGAUGGCGACGCGAGGCAAUGUUGCGCUUGCAAAGUUAAAGUUUUCUGUAUUAGUUCAGUAGCGCUGUCAUAUGUAGUUGUUUAUAUAGUUUUCUAUGUGAAGGUAGAGUAUUGACAUAUCAUGUUCUAAGGACCUUGAAGUGCAAAUUUAAAUAGAAGAAAUCAAAAUGAUCUUGGCAAAGAAAGGGUUAUCCAAGCGUGAACAGGAGGAGAUGCGGAAGAAGCAAGACCAGGUUGCAGCUGCCGCUGUCUAUGAGGAGUUUGUGGCGUCAUUUGCAGAGGCCAGCAAGCAAGGGAAGACAUGGGUGAAAGGAGAGACAGUGAACGCUCCAGACAAGGCUGCCAAGGCAGACAAAGGUCGCCUGUACAAGCCCACAUCCAAGCUGGCUGAGCUGGCAUCCACAUUCCAGUCAACAAAGGAGCUGAAGGAAGAACCAAUACAGCAUAUACCACCUAAAGUCCUGUUAAAGAAGAAAACAGAAGACAAGAAAAAGAGCAAUUUAGAAAUGUUUAAAGAGGAACUGAAGCGAAUACAAGAGGAACGAGAAGAGAGACACAAGCUGAAGCGUGAUAUCAGAGGUGGUGACAGCGGCGCUACCCGGUUUGGUCGGGGAGAUCCGAUAGGCGGAAUAGCCGUGUUCCCAGAAACCGACGACGACAGGAAAUCUCGGUUCGAGAGCGACCUGGACUUGUCGGGAUCGAUGGGUAGUGGGCUUGGAAUGUACGAUCUGACGACGGAUGAGACAUCUACAAAUAUAUACAUCUCUAGUAUUAAUCCAAAAAUGACAGAAAAACAACUUAUGGAGUUGUUUGGCAGAUUUGGACCUUUAGCUAGUGUUAAAAUUAUGUGGCCUAGAACGGACGAAGAGAAAUCAAGGGGGAGAAACUGUGGAUUUGUGGCUUUUAUGAACAGGAAAGAUGGAGAAAGAGCCUUGAAACAUCUCAAAGGCAGAGAAAUAGGUGGUUUUGAAAUGAAGCUAGGUUGGGGCAAGCCCGUUCAGAUUCCCCCACACCCUGUGUACAUCCCGCCAGCGCUUGCGGAGCUCACCCAACCCCCGCCCCCCUCGGGGCUUCCCUUCAACGCCCAGAGACGGUCUGGGCAACCACGGGGCUGGUAUGGGCCACCGGCCAACCGGGACGAAAUGAAUAAGACGUUAUCGAAAGCCGUCAUCAAAGUGGUUAUUCCUACAGAAAGGAACCUGCUCUGCAUAAUUCACCGAAUGGUAGAGUUCGUUGUCCGGGAAGGGCCCAUGUUUGAAGCAAUGAUAAUGAAUAGGGAAAUAAAUAAUCCCAUGUUCAAGUUCCUGUUUGAAAAUCAGAGCCCAGCACAUGUGUACUAUCGAUGGAAACUGUUCUCCAUAUUGAAUGGAGACCAGCCAUACAAAUGGCGCCUGGAGGAGUUUCGCAUGUUCAAGGGCGGGUCACACUGGAGACCCCCGCCUCUCAACCCCUACACCCAGGGGAUGCCCGAGGAACUGGUGGACCCCGGCGACCUAGAUAUCAUACCUGAGGAACAGAUACCUGACAACUUCGAUAGCACCAAGAAGGGGAAGCUCACAGACAGUCAACGUGACCGGCUUGAGGACAUGCUAAGGGAGCUCACUCCGGAGCGUCCCAAGAUCGGUGAGGCGAUGGUGUGGUGUCUGGACCAUGCUGACUCUGCCGAGGAAGUGGUGGACUGUAUAGCUGAGGCCCUGUCUAUACUGCAGACUCCACUGCCGAAAAAGAUCGCCAGACUGUUCCUGGUGUCAGAUAUCCUGUUCAACAGUAGUGCUAAAGUACCAAACGCUUCAUUUUACAGGAGACAAUUUCAAAGGAAACUCCCAGAAAUAUUUCAAGAUGUCCACGAAACCUAUGAUAAUAUUGAUGGCAAACUGAAAGCUGAACAAUUCAAGCAAAAGGUGAUGCUGUGUUUCCGUGCGUGGGAAGACUGGACAGUGUACCCCAAUGAUUACCUGAUCACCCUUCAGAACAUCUUCCUUGGCCUCGUACCCAAACAGUUGGGAUCAAACACCCCGAAAACCCCUUUACCCGUGGGCCCAGACCUGGAUGGUGAGCCCCUACCAGACCCGGACUUUGACGGGCUCCCUUUGGUUGACCCUGACCUGGAUAAGGACCCGAGGAGGUCACAGAGGGUGGAGGACCUAGAUGGAAUGCCUCUCGGAGAGGACUUAGAUGGCGAACCUUUGCGUGUGAUAAAGCAAGAGGAGAAGGAGGUAAAGGAAAGGAAAGAUGAUGCUGGUCUGAACAAGUUUGUGAAAUCAAAGUGGGAAACUGUGGAUGAGACGGAACUGGAAGCCCAAGCCAUGACGACAUCCAAAUGGGACAUGUUGGGUGAGGAAGACAGCAAGCAGGAGAAUGAGGAGGACCUCGAUGGAGAGCCAAUAGAGGAGGAAAACUUGGACGGUGAGGCAAUGUCGGAUGGUGACUAUGAUGACAGCCGCAGUGAGACAUCGUACGGCACGCCCAGGCAGCAGCAGUCUCAGGAGAUGUCUGAAGAGAGAAGGAGAAAACUGCGAGAGAUUGAGGUGAAGGUGAUGCGUUACCAAGACGAACUUGAGGCGGGUAAAAGGACCCGCAAACCGAAUAUGUCAAUCGCGGAACAAGUGGAGAAUCAUCGCAAGAAACUUGUUGCUAAGGAAUUCAGUGAAUCCCCAAGCAGAGACAGUAGGAAACGACACAGGUCAGGGUCACCAUCAGCCAAACACGAGGACAAAUACAAAUACGAGGACAGUCCAAAACGAAAACGAGCUAAAAGUCCUAAAAGGUCACGCAGGUCAAGAUCAAGGUCAAAGUCAGGCAUUCGAAGGUCGAGGUCACGCAGCACUAGUAAACAGCGGCGGAAAUCUAAGAAGACCAAGCACAGAGACUGAUUUUGCUCUUAAAUAUUUCUAUCUCUAUCAUUAGGACACUAUAAAUACCAUUGAAUUGUGUGACAUUGCAUGUUGUGAACUGCGGCUGUUUGGAUGAUGUUUUGAAUGGAAUUAUUAUGAAAUUGAUAAUGGUUGAAAUUUGUUUGAUCCACAUGUGCUAUUGUAUGGAGUGUGGCGAGUUUGCCUAUGGGAAAUGUACAUCGUCAUUUUUGUUUGAAAUAUUCGUUGCAUGUGUAUGUAUUGAACAAUCAUCAUGAGAUCACAUGUUGCUAUCUGCAUGUGUGAAGUAAUUAAUAUGUACAAAACCGACUUACAUAGAAAUAGGUGAAUCCCAUGUUAUAUUUCACAGUCGAUGGUUGUAUACCUUUGAAACUGCUCAUCUGACACAUUUGUACAUAACAUAAGCGACGUGGCUCUUUAUAUGAAUAAUGCAUUAUGCGUUACUAAUAAACAUUAUUAUGAUAAACAA